UCCAAAGCCAGAGUGAAAACCGAACGUGGGCCAACAAGCCGAAUAGCUCCGAAUUCCAAUUACAUAAUCCGACCCCGGUCCGCCAUCGACGCCGAAUAUCCGCAGCUCUGGGUAGCAGCAGGGCAGGUCAUUGGUGGUGUUGGUGUUAGCCCUUAGCUCCGUCGUCGCAGUUUGGUAUAUUCGCCUUCUUCAGGCACGCCACUGCCGACGCUAAAAUACGCAUAUCGUCCGAGUCUACAUUAACGCAUAUUAAAAACUACAGGCAUCCCAAGUGUACAGCAAAAGAGAAAAGAUACUUCUAUGGCUUCCGUAUCAGAGACGGAAGACCCAUCACCGACCAUAUACAUACCAGAUGAAUGGUCAGAGGCUGCAGACGCCAUAGCAUACAAUUCCCCCACUUCAACCGCUCCUAUUGUCUUAAUCUGUGGCGCCAAGAACUGUGGCAAAACUACUUUCUCUCGUUACCUCCUCAACAUUCUUCUCCGGAGAUACAGAAAGGUAGGCUAUUUGGAUACUGAUGUUGGGCAGCCUGAGUUUACCACUCCUGGAUUUGUAUCCUUCACUGUGGUUGACAAAAUAAAGCCUGAUUUGACAACUCCAUGCCUGAAGACACCUGAAAGAUGCUUUUUCUUUGGUGAUAUUUCUUCAAAAAGAUAUCCAGCAGCAUACCUGAAGUACAUAUCGACUCUGUAUUAUUACUAUCAGAAGGAGUACUGCAUGAUUAACAAUAGUGAAAGCCCUACAAAGACUGAGUUGCCUAUUGUGGUUAAUACACCAGGCUGGGUAAAAGGUGUUGGCUAUGAUAUAUUGGUGGAUAUUGUGAGAUGUAUUGCUCCUACACAUGUAGUUAAAAUAAACAUAUAUUCCGAGAGAAAGAAUCUACCAGCUGGAGCAUUCUGGCUAGGUAAUGAUUUCCAUGGGGAUGUUAAUCUGAUUGAGAUCAAUUCUGCUUGUCAAGACUCCUUUAACAGAUCGAUGCCAGUGCAAAAAGAUGCACACCUUCUGAGAGAUUUGCGCAUAAUGGCUUAUUUCAGGCAGUGCUUUUUAAGUAGCUUGAAUAUCACAACAAUCAAGGAACUUGCAAAUGCUCUAGCCUCUCAUGUACCCUAUCAAGUUCCAAUAUCAAGCAUCAAGAUCAGACAUCUCCAUUGCCAGGUCCCUUGCACUGAAGUCUUCUACAGUUUGAAUGCGAGCAUUGUUGGCUUGGCAGUUAGUUCUGAACAGUUAGAAGAUUUACCUUUGUGUGUUGGUCUAGGAAUUGUAAGAGGAAUUGACACUUCCAAAGGUUUGCUCUACAUGGUCACACCUGUUCCACCAAACAUUCUGGAAAAGGUUGAUCUACUUUUGCAGGGGUUUAUCCAAAUCCCUACUUGCCUGUUGCAGGUCCAAGGAUGCAUGUCACCUUAUAUGUCUACAAAUGUUUUGCCCACAAGCUAGAUGAUACAACAUAUGCCGCAAGUUUCUUCAUAUGCAUACUCCUUCACAGAUAAAUUAGACAAGGACACUGAAGUUUUGUUUGUUUUUCUUAUUUGAGUUUCUCAAACAGUGCAUUGUAUCAAAUGCACCUUUUGUUUGUCCUUCAAGUUCAGAAAUCUUAGACACAACUAAUUGGAUUUA